AUGACUGAAAUUGUUGUAUCAUGCUAUUAUCGUUUGAGGAUAAAAAAUACUCCAGUCACAAUCAUUUUAUUACUUUUACUGUCUUCUACAAAUGUUGCUCAGGAUUUUCAUCAUCAUUUAACAAAACGAGAUAUUCAACAAAUUUUUGGCGUAUCACGUCACGUAGACGUUCCGGAAUAUGCACUAGUCAAUGUGAAUCAAAAAAAGUACAAUAAUGGUACUUUGUAUUUAUCAUUCGAUGCUUGGGAUCAAAAUUUUUGCAUUGAUCUCAAGCCUAACCUCAAAUUACUCAGUCCUCAUUUGAUCUCAGUUAUACGUGAAGGUAAAAGAAAUUUCUCAAGCCGUGGACUCCCAGAACAUUUAAAGGCAGAUUGUCAUUUUCACGGAAAAGUACGGUCACACAAUAAUGUUUCUGCAGCCAUUUCUUACUGUGGACAUUUGACGGGUACGAUAAUGAUGGAUGAUCAUUUCCUCUUGCUACAAACAUUACCACAAAGAAUUACACAUACACAAAAGAUGCAACAAAAGCAUAUUAUAUAUAAACGUGAUGCAAAUCUGUUGUCAAGUCUAGAACGUACCUUAGAAGAACACAUUAUAAAACUUAACGAACAAUCAGUUGAGGAUGCAUUUUGUGACGUUAGUAAGUCAAUUGAUGAUGGCUUGUACAAUAAAUCUGCUAAUAUCACUCUUAGCAUAGCUAAUGCAAUCACAGCUGAAGGACUGACGUUCAAUUAUACGGUUCCUGAAGAAGGAAAACUGGAUUCUUUAUUUAUCUUUCCACAGAUGGAUCCAGUAACUUUAGAAGUUGGCUUAUUUCUUGAUUCCAAACUUUAUGAGCAUUUUCAACGGGAAUACACUAUCGAUGCAGAGCAACAUCUUACUGAUUUUUCCCUUGCUUUAAUUAAUAAUGUUCACGUACUCUACCAGCAAUCAUCAAUGAGUCCAAAUUUGGAUAUUGUUAUUGUGCGAUUUGAAAUGUGGAAAAAACAACCGCUUGGCUUAGAAACAAUUGCACAUCGAAAUGGACAAGCUCAGGCAUUACUGAAUUUAUUUUGCCGCCAUCAAGCAAUAAUAAAUCCCGGAAGUGAUCUAACAGAUCCUGAGCACUGGGAUCACGGCAUUUUACUUACUGGUUAUGAUAUAUAUCAUACGACAACCUCAGUUGCUGGAGUAGCACCGGUAGCUCGAAUGUGUGAUCAAAUAUUUGCGUGUAGUUUAGUAGAAGGAUUACAUCUUGGUCGAUCAUUUGUUCUAGCUCAUGAAAUGGGACAUAAUAUGGGGAUGGUUCAUGAUGGUAUACAAAAUAGGUGUAGACGAAACUGUUGCUUAAUGGCAGCAGUUAAUGGAGCUGGUAAAACUAGAUGGAGCGAAUGCUCUGUUCGUGAAUUUAACGCAUUUUUAUUACAUUUAGAUGAAAGUGGUCGAGGUAACUGCUUACGUGAUGGAUCUGAAGGACUUUUGAUUCAUAACCAUUUAAAAGAUGGACGCUUGCCUGGACAACGCUUUACGGCUGACCAACAGUGCUCGUACUUUUGGGGUAAAAGUUUCGAGGUGGAAAUACCCAAAGGAAGAAAAAUGGAUGAUAUUUGUCGUAUACUGUGGUGUGGGAAUAGUGGCUCAACAAUAUCAACAGCUCAUCCAGCAUUAGAAGGCAGUUGGUGCGGGGAUAAUAAACAAGAAAGUUUGAGUAGAGAGUGUUGGGUAUUGCAGUUCUGCAUUGAAGGGCAAUGUCAGCAAUGGCCAUAUGGACAAGAAGCUCCUGGCCGAGUGGACGGCAGCUGGACAGAAUGGAGCAGCAAAGGAAAACAAUGUCCUAUUAACCAAUGUCAAAUUACAGGAAGUAUUCAAGUCAAUACCCAAAUGCGAACUUGUACGCAACCUGCACCAAAUAAUGGUGGGAAAAAAUGUGUUGGAUCUAAUAUACGUGGUUUGACUUGUGCCAGUGUAAAAUCAACUUGCAAAGCACUGACAAUGCUUGAGUAUGGCAAAAAAUUAUGUACCGCUAUAAAAAAUGAUAUUGAAAAACCUGAUUCACAACUGACGGGUGACGCAUUUUUACUUAAUCGAAUAUACAGUCAAACAUUUACAGACGGUACACAAUCAUGCAAAGUAUGGUGUCGUCUAAGAGGUUCAGAGUUGGUCAGGAACAAAGGUCAAUAUCCAGACGGUACCCCAUGUGGAUUCAAACAGUACUGCGUUGGAGGGCAAUGUCUGAAUUUGAUGUGUGAUAAUAAAGCAAUUGUCAAAAAUUUGGAAGACUGUCCAUCAAAUUCUGAGAAACAAAUUUGGAGUGAUUGGAGUACGUGGACAGAAUGUUUGGCUCCUUGUGAUGCAGUUGGCAUACAACAACGCAGACGUAGAUGUCUUCUGACAGAAUGCGAAAGCAGAGAAUCGGUCGAAACUCGAUCAUGCCUUCCAGAAUCAUCAAUUUGUAAAAUACGAGCAGAAUGGACGGCUUGGAGUGAAUGUAGUGCUACUUGUGGUGCAGGAGUUCAAACUAGAAUGAAGAUUUGUCCAGAGGAAAAUUGUUCAGAUCAGCAACAAGAAGAAAAACCUUGUCAAAAGGAUAAAUGUCCAACAUGGCAAAAAUGGGGAACAUGGUCUGCAUGCAGUGCAACAUGUGGUACAGGGCAGCGUAGUAGAAUACGUGAAUGUACGCAAGGAAGAAACUGUAAAGGUGAAGGAAGUGAAGUUGAAUCUUGUCAAACAAAGAAGUGCCUACAUGAAACGUGGGGUGAUUGGUUGCCAUGUUCGGUAUCUUGUGGAUUAGGCUUUCAAUUACGUGAACGUUUAUGUAAUGGAUUAUUAUGUUCUAGUGGUCAAAAACAAGCUAGAACAUGCAAUGAAAAAUUUAGCUAUUUUAAAAUUAAUUUUCAAAAAUUUCAGGAUUGCACUGAUAAUAAAGGUUGGAUGAAACUAUGGUCUGACUGGGCUGAUUGGAUGCCUUGUACUACUUCUUGUGGUGAAGGUACACAAGUCAGAAUUCGCAAGUGUAUUACAGGUAAUUGUCUAGAAUCAGAUUCAACAUUUGAUCAACGACGAUGUGUUUUACGUCCAUGUCCUGAAUGGUCUGCAUGGAAUGAAUGGAGCAAAUGCCUUACGUGUACAAGUGAACAAACACGUCACCGUCAACGUGUUUGUCAAUUGGGUCAAAUACGAGGCAAUGAUAAGGAAGAGGAAUGUGAAGGUGAAUCAGAAGAAGUAGAAAGUUGUGAGAAUAUGUGUGAAAAAGAUAAACAAACGUUUCAUCAAAAAGAAUUAUCAAAUCGUUCUGUAAAAAAUAUUGUGGCAGAGGUCAAAGUAUCAAAUAUUUGGGAUGAAUGGCAAGAAUGGCAAGAGUGUUCUCGAACUUGUGGGAUAGGAACACGAAUAAGAUUUAUGAAAGAAAAACCAUCUCAAUUUCAGAAAACGAACGUGUCUGCAGGUAGUGAUGAAUGGAGCUCUUGGUCAGAUUGGUCACCUUGUUCAGCAAUUUGUGGGGAAGGAGUUCGGGUCAGAUUCAGAAAGUGUAAAGCAGCAUUUGUGUUUCUUUGCAAUGGAAUAUCUAAACAAGAACGCAUAUGCAAGAAUACACCAUGUUUUGAUAAUAUAAUGCCUAAUUUUAUCACUACUACUAUAUCGGAUUCUAUUAUACCAAAAUGGAGCGAUUGGAGUAAUUGGUCUGAAUGUAGUUGUUUUACAAUGAAUCAAUUUCGACGCCGAUUCUGUCAGAUUUUAGAACCAUCACUGCAAGGAUUCUGUGUUGGCGCCAUCACUGAAAAACGUGCAUGCAUUCCAGAUUCGUGUUUUUCGGAAAAUGGUGAAUGGUCGCAUUGGGGUGAAUGGAGUUUGUGCUCAAGUAAAUGUGGUACCAGUGGUUAUCAAAUCCGAAAUAGGAUGUGUUCUAAUCCAAUUCCUUCGAACAGAGGUUCAUAUUGCAUCGGUUUUUCAUUUGACCAACAAAUUUGCACACCUAAUAAAGUAUGCAAUGGUAAUCGCAUAGAUGGAAACUGGACUCCUUGGUUAGAAUGGUCACAAUGCUCGGAUUCCUGUACCAAUGGACACCGAUCCAGAACAAGAUUUUGUUCAAAUCCACGUCCAUCAAAUGGUGGUUUGCAAUGUUUUGGUUCAGAUUAUGAGCUAACACCAUGUAGUGAUCCAUCUCGGUCACGUAAUGGAUCAUGGAGUGCAUGGACUCCGUGGUCAGUUUGUUCUGCUACAUGUGGCCUUUCAUUUAAAUCCCGACAACGGCACUGCUCCUCGCCAACUCCUCGAGGCGUAGGCAAGACAUGCUCAGAUCUUGCUUACAUGACUACCUUGUGCAAGACUGACAUUUGUAAAGAUUCUGUGGAUGGACUAUGGUCUCAGUGGAGUGAAUGGUCAUCUUGUGUUGUUGGUUGCAAUAAUGCACUCAAAACAAGAAGUCGAGAAUGUACAUUACCAGUACCGUAUAAUGGAGGUUAUCCUUGUUUCGGACGUUCCGUAGAAGUCAAAGAAUGUGAUAUGCAAUUUACAAAAAUGACUUGUCCAAAUGCAAUUCAGAAUUCUCGUAUGAUCGAAUCAAAAACUUUCAUUAUUUCUGAAUAA